AUGGCAACAAUCCAAAUCCUAGACGGUGGCCUCGGCACCUCUCUGGGCGACCUAUACAACAUCAAAUUCGAUUCCGAAACAACCCCACUCUGGGCAUCACACCUGUUAGUGAGCGACCCAGCAACGCUACAAGCAUGCCAACGCGACUUCGGCAUCGCCGGAGUAGAUGUUCUCCUAACAGCAACCUACCAAGUCUCUGCUGAGGGCUUCGCACGCACCAAAACCACCCAAUUCCCAGAUGGGAUCCCACGCAGUGCAGUAGGACCAUUCCUGCAGAAAGCCGUGGACAUCGCCGAGCAAGCGAAAAUGCGUGAAAGCGCAAGUGUCGCGCUCAGCCUUGGCCCUUACGGUGCGUGCAUGAUUCCAGGACAGGAGUAUAGCGGCGCAUACGACGCCGAGCAUGACUCCGAGGAAUCGUUGUACCUGUGGCACUUGGAUCGGCUGCGUAUGUUUGCUGAGGCGGAUGGGGAUCUUGUUUCGCGGGUGCGGUAUGUUGCGUUUGAAACUUUGCCGCGGCUUGAUGAGAUUCGUGCUGUGAGGAGGGCGAUUCGGGAUUCUGCUUUCAAUGUGCCGUUUUGGAUUGCUUGCGUUUUUCCGCGCGAUGAUGAUGCUUUGCCUGAUGGGAGCUCGGUGGAGCAGGUUGUGCGCGCGGCUUUUGCGCCUAUGAAGGAUGGGGCUGUUCCUUGGGGAAUUGGGAUCAAUUGUACUAAGAUGCAUAAGCUUGCUGGACUUGUUGACUUGUUUGGUCAGGCUGUUGGGCAGGGUGUUACUGAGGGAUGGGUAUCUGCUGUGCCGAGUUUGGUCUUGUAUCCUGAUGGGACGAAUGGGGAGGUGUACAAUACUACGACGCAGGUUUGGGAGAAAAAUGAUGUUUUGAUUGAUAAGGUGAGUGUUAAUCGACCUUGGGAGGAGCAAUUGGCACAGGUGGUCAAUGAAGCCUACGAAAAGGGCCAUUUCAAUUCGUUCCUUGUGGGCGGGUGCUGCAAAGCUUCCCAUCACGACAUUAAGAAGCUUGGGCAGCAAUUCAAGAGUCAAUAA